AUGUUGUCAAACGAACACUCGCAGCAAAGCGCCAAUACUGAUGCUUCUCAGCAACCAUCGUUGGCGAAGACAGUCAUGUUUAAUAUCAGUAAGAAUGAGUACGGAACUCCAAAGAAUAAUUUGCAAAAAUUGUAUAAAAAGAUACGAAUGGAGUAUAAAACUCUAAUUAAUGAGGAGGAAAUAUCACAUGAAAAACUAAAACAAGCUGAUCUAGUAAUAUUUUGUGGUCCCCGAUUAAAAUUUACGGAGCAAGAGUUUUCGACCGUUGAGCAAUAUAUUAAGGAAGGCGGAAGUGUUCUUUUUCAACUCGGAGAAGGAGGUGAACCUAGAUUUGAAACGAAUAUCAACUAUCUUCUAGAACAAUGGGGAAUUUUCAUUAACUCGGACACAGUUAUCCGAACAUCAUUCUUCAAAUAUUAUCAUCCAAAGGAAGUGUGUGUCCAAAAGGGAAUUCUGAAUAGAACGAUCAACAAGGAAGCGGGGAAAACAAUGGAUGCAGCUGUAGAUUCAUCAGAUCCUUCGUCACAUUUAACCUUCGUCUAUCCGUAUGGAGCUACCUUGAACGUAGAGAGCCCGGCAACAGCAAUUUUAGCUUCAGGUCAUGUCUCUUAUCCAGUGAACAGGCCUGUUGGAGCUUUUUAUACUUCGAAAAAUGACAAGGGAAGAGUUGCCGUUCUUGGAAGUGUUCAUAUGUUUGACGAUAAGUGGUUAGACAAGGAAGAAAAUUCAGUAUUGUUGGACGUAAUUUUCAAAUGGCUUAUUUUCGGCUUUGAGUUAAACCAAAUAGACUCUACAUCUCCAGAGGUAAAUGAUUAUCAAUUCCUGCCAGAUGCAAAAUCCAUGUCAGAGAAGGUAAAGUCGUGCUUGCAGGAGAGUGAAGAACUUCCAAUCGAUUUCAACGAACUAUUUGUAGAUAAGAUGUUUAAAUUUGACACAGACCUUGUACCAGAAGCUAUUAACUUAUAUGCUCAGUUAGGAGUCAAGCACGCUCCUCUCACUUUCAUUCCUCCAGCCUUUGAAACACCUCUUCCAAGUUUAAAGCCAGCAGUGUAUCCACCUUCACUGAGAGAGUUUGCGCCGCCUGAAAUUGACUUGUUUGAUUUGGAUGAACAAUUUGCUUCAGAGGACGUUAGACUUGCACAAUUAACAAACCGAUGCACUGACGAAGAUGCAGAGUACUUUAUUCAAAAAGCAGGAGAAAUUGUUGGUGUGACGAAACUUUUAAAGUCAGAGUAUCAUUUCAGUGCAAAACAUAUUCUUGAGUUCAUGUUCAGACAAAUUGUACAAUUCAAAAAAGUCAAUCCAAGCAGCGACGACCUUAUUCCAUCUCAUUUGCGAAGCAACAAGAUUGCCUUACCCAAGUUGGCUGUUAAACAAAGCUUUGAGAAUUCUGCAAACCAUCCCGUGACCAACCCACCAACUCCAAUAUCGUCUCCUCUUCAAGAUGGUUCUUAUGAACCAUAUGACAAUUAA